UACACUCUCACCACCAGAGUAGCUCGAUCAGCUCAUCGCCGCGUCUGAGAAGUUAGGGCCGGGGUCAAUCAGUCAAAAAGUUAGGAGUGCAUCAUAGCCAACCUUUCGAAAGAGCGGCAUAUAGUCUCGCGAAGGCGGCAAGUUGGGCAAGCUGUUUGAUAUCGAAAGAUGCGUGUGCUUCUUGACGCGGAACAACGCUGAUACUCAGCGAAGGCACAGCGAGCCAUGUUUCCGAGCCCGGGUCAGGGGUUGUCCGACCGGGUAUCUCAGGAUGGCGAGCUACCGCAUUUGCUUUUGACGCCAGCUUUGUUCCAACACGAUGCACCACAGGAAGAUCUGUCGCCGCUAGUUCAACUGCUUGAAAAUGACCACCCGUACUCUUCUUGGCUAGGUCAAGCAAGCUCCAGCAAUUCUUUCGCCACUUUCGCACCCCUCAAGCAAAGCCAGGCUGUACCCACAUUUCCCUUGCAAGAUUCAAGUCCUACAAUCGUGAGCGAAGCCGCGUGGCUCGCCAGCAUAUCACAAGAAGGUAUGACUGCGCUGCUCGAGUCCAUAGGAGAUCUUGAUACGUCACAGAGGAGCGCCAAUCUUGCAUUACCCAACUUCAGCUUCCCCUUCGACCGCAGGCAAUUUCAGUCAGGGUCGCAAUUGCAGAGUCCGCCGGGGAACUUGCAGCGUAAUGUUCACAGAGCAUCCCAUCGACGCCGCCCGAUGACAUUCGCAGGUACUUCUAGCGGUGAAGUUCUGGAAACCGGUCAGCCAGACCUCACACAUGCUCAGGAUCGGUGGUCAUCCUUUAGGCCGCGCACUCAAAGCAGCCUCUCGGUUUCGAGUGAUACCGACAUGGACUUGGAAAAAGACGUCGGAAGUCCUGGUACCCAUUCAUCCGAGGCUUCCCUUUCGCCAUCGGUUAUCUCUCAGCAAUUGACUCCAGAUAGUGAAAUCUUGCGUUUGCAACUUCAACAGCAAGCGGUCGGUCCACGCUUCCAGGGGUGUACAGAAGAGGCCGCCUCCGAGUCGACAACGAAUCCAACUUUGAUGCUUUCAGAAUUGUGCAUUUCGCAACCAGAUAAUUGCAAUGCCAUUCUGCACCCCAGUACAACACCGGGGCAAUCAUUCUCUCCGUCAGAUGCAGCAGUGGGACCGCGCCGACGACCCUUGCGCCGAGACCAUACUGGGGGUAGCAUAGCUCCGACGGCUUCCUUGUCUGCUCGUGCUGCAAUGGGAAUGAGAAGUCAGAACGCUACCUCUUCACAGCAUUCUCUAUUUUCGCAUCUCGCCCUCACAAGGCGACGGAGCCCGGUUCAAUCCCUUCACGGCCUCCCCUCUUCUUCCUCUUUUCCAGGCAUAGAUCCUCCUGGCCAAGUCGAGACUUCUUACGAAUUAAAUGCAGGUGGAUGGCGACGGGGCAAGUCCCCCAGAGGUGGUUCACAGCGCAUGCAAGCCAGCGAGGAUGCCCUUGACGAUUCGGGGAUGCAGAGAGGUUCAUUAUCUGGCGGCACUUCAUCCUACCCUACCGACACAUCACGUCUAGGCAGCAGUUUUGAUUGCAGGUCUGCAUCGACGGCUUAUGACUCGUGGCUUUUUGACGAAUCCAUUACGCUCAACCAGCGAUGUAACUCUGGCGUCAAAACACCCUUGUCAUCUCCUUCCGCCAGUGCGUACGACAUUCUGCCAGAGCAACAGUCGUCACAGCCAAGGCGGAGUGUGUCGCAGCGUGUUAGUGAUUGUCCGCAGUCAUCAUCAUCAUUAGGGGCCCGUGCCACCACAUGGCCUCGCUCAAGACCCUUGUCCAUGGUAUCAAUGCCUACUGGCGGGUCUGGCGCCAGCUAUGGUCUCUCGCAGCUUGACAUCCGCAAUUUGGGCUUACAUCAGGCGUCAGCUGCACGACCUGUAUCGACGCUCAGCCAAUACCGCGAGGCAGGUCGGCGAAGCGGGCAUGACACCAGCCUGCGGGCCAGGAUCGACACAGUCUCCGGCAACCUGCCAUAUCGGGGGUCCUAUGUUGAAAACCCGGCUGAUCGCUACGAUGAAGUGCGGGCUGCGCUGGAAACACUACGCCGCUUUGUCGCGCAGUCUCAAUCGCCUAGCGCAGACACCUCAGCGUUGGCAGGCGACCACAGCCGCUCAGCAUCAGUCACACAUUCCUUAUCAGAGAAUGCAUGCCCUCCAAGCGCAUCUUUACAAGCUCAUUCCUCGAUGAACCCCAGCAACCGCGUGCAGCGUCCUCCUCCGCGCGUGCCACUGCCCCCACGGGGCCAGCGCGGGCAGGCGUCCUCAUCAGUAGCGACGAGAUCUUCGUCCACUCGAGCGACUGCCAGCAAAGACGGGGUCGCGCAUGAAGAGCGAAUGCGCGUGCUGCAUGACGUGUCGGAGCUCAUCAAGGACCUAACGAAGCGCAGCGACGAUUACAUACGGAUGCAUGGAGUGGCCUUGCCUCCGCCGCGGUGAUCGACGACUACCUCAAAAAGCAUGGCUCUCCGAAAUCAUCAAAGGCACACUCACAGAAUGUAUGCUGUGCGUUGCAUUGCAGGGAAUCUAUCCGAGCUCAACGCCGCAAAAAUAUACCCUUCUAGAGGAGUGCCACAAGGGCGAUAGUCAGCAUAACUCCAACAAAUACCACUUUCAACAACAGGAAAUUUCUACCGCUUCAAUUGUGGAAACCUACUUCCAUGUUUAGCAUUUAUCCUGC